AUGUUCAAUGGAAAGGGAAAUUUGUUAUUCUUCAAACGACCCUCGUCUAGAUUUCAAAUAUUAUCCGAUCUUCACCUGGAAGUGGGAGACCAAUACCUCACCUACCAUAUUCCCGUGCAAGCCCCUUUUCUCAUCCUUGCAGGUGAUAUUGGUCGACUUCAAGACUAUGACAAAUACCUUUCGUUCAUCGCCACACAAUGUGCCCAGUUCGACGCCGUCUAUCUAGUCCUUGGAAAUCACGAAUUCUACGGAAUCUCUCGAACUGAAGGCCUAGCUCAUGCCCAAAGGCUAGAGAAGGACGCAAAGACCCUUGGAAGGCUGAAAGUCCUUUAUCGGACAAGGCUGGACAUUGACCCUUCUCUCAGUAUCCUUGGAUGCACAUUACAGUCGAAUAUCAGACCAGAAAACCGGGCGGUUGUUGAGUCAAGAGUCAAAGACUUUCAAAGAAUACCAAACUGGACGGUCGAUCUGCAUAACGAGGAACAUCAAAGAGAUUUAGACUGGCUGCGGGCAGAGAUUGACUCAAUCAGUUCCGAAUCAGAAUUGAGUAGCAAAGCGAAGCACAUCCUCGUCAUUUCCCAUCAUGCGCCAAUCAAAAAUGGGAGCAGUCACCCGAAGAAUGAGAGAAGCCCUUGGGGAGAUGCCUUCGCCACAGACUUACUCGGAGUUUACAAGGAAUUGAGCAAAGUGCAGUGCUGGGUCUUUGGACAUACACACUACACAACCCAAUGGCGAGAAUAUGGUGUAAAUCUCGUCAGCAAUCAGAGGGGUCAUGUGCUUGGUCCUGGUCAGAAUGGACAAAAUGUCGAAGGGUCAAAUACGAGAGAUCGAUGGAGGGUUUUGGGAUCUAGAUUCAAGCAAAAAGAAGAGCAUUGCUUUGACCCACGAAAAUGUAUAACCAUUAGAAUGUAG